CUAAAAUAAAGAUCCUGUUACUAGCGCCCCCUCAGAGAUUUACACAAGAACCAGAACUUUUUGACUACAAAAUUUUUUCUUCGUUUGUUUAGUCGAAGGAUGGAUACUCUUCUGUCAGUAUUUUUCUUAGAGAACUUUAUUUUGUUCUAAGAAAAAUGGUUGAGUGAAUUGACAGAUUAUCCAGAUACACACUUAUUAAUUCUAUUGUUAAAGUGAAUGUUUAAAGGAGCAUUUUAUUCAAGCUAACAUAUAAAAGCCCACUUUCUAAAUAUGGCACAUGUGACUCGGAGUCACCGCAGUGGGCCAAGCAUGAGCCCGGCCAGGUCCAACCCACAUGGUUUGAGACAGAUAGAACUAGACCAGAUUUGGGAUGACCUGAAAGCUGGAGUUAAAAGUGUGUAUAGACGCCAGAGCAUGUCAAGAACCAGAUACAUGGAACUGUACACACAUGUGUACAAUUACUGCACUAGUGUCCAAAGUGUGGCUAAUCAAAACCAACAGGGAACCUCUACUGCUGCUGCAGCUACUCAACGAAGUACAAGCUCUCGCAAUCGUAACCGAACUCAGGGUGGAGGAGCACAAUUUGUGGGCCAUGAGCUCUACAAAAGGAUCAAAGACCUCCUAAGACAGUAUUUAGUAAACUUGUUAAAGGAUGGUCAGGAUCUUCUAGAUGAACAGGUUCUGCAGUUUUACACUCGCCAGUGGGAAGAUUAUCAAUUUUCCAGCAAAGUGUUAGAUGGCAUAUGCUCCUACCUCAAUAGACACUGGGUUCGUCGUGAAUGCGAUGAGGGUUCAAGAGGGAUAUAUUUUAUUUAUUCAUUAGCCUUAAUCACAUGGAGGGAUAAUCUGUUUAAGCCUCUUAACAAACAAGUUACCAAUGCUGUUUUGAAGUUGAUAGAAAGGGAAAGAAAUGGUGAACCUAUCAACACACGUCUUGUCAGUGGAGUAAUAAGUUGUUAUGUUGAGCUAGGAUUAAAUGAGGAUGACCCAAGUGCCAAAGGACCUACUUUAUCUGUUUAUAAAGAACAUUUCGAAACCUUAUUUCUAAAUGACACUGAAAGAUUUUACACUACAGAAAGCAACGAGUUCCUUAGACACAAUCCAGUGACUGAGUACAUGAAGAAAGCAGAAAUGCGUCUAAUGGAAGAGCAAAAACGUGUACAGACUUACUUGCAUGAGAGUACUUAUGAUGUUCUCGCACGUGUUUGUGAAAAAGUGUUAAUACAGAAACAUUUAGAAAACUUUCACUGUGAAUUCCAAAAUCUCCUCAAUGCUGACAAAGAUGAAGAUCUUGGUAGAAUGUAUCAACUGGUUUCUAGAAUUCAAGAUGGUCUUCAUGAACUCAAGUCUCUUUUAGAGAAACACAUUUUAAAUCAAGGUGCCUCUGCACUGGAGAAAUGUGGAGAGGCUGCCUUAAAUGAUCCUAAGGUGUAUGUACAGACUAUACUAAAUGUUCAUAAGAAAUAUCAUGCCCUGGUUAUGACAGCUUUUGCCAAUGAUGCUGGGUUUGUUGCUGCUCUUGAUAAGGCAUGUGGUCAGUUCAUUAACUCCAAUUUUGUGACCAAACAAGCAAGCAACUCAAGCAAGUCCCCAGAGCUGUUGGCCAGAUACUGUGAUCUGUUAUUAAAAAAGAGCUCGAAAAACCCAGAAGAAGCAGAAUUAGAAGAUACUUUGAACCAAGUUAUGGUAGUGUUUAAAUACAUUGAAGACAAAGAUGUAUUCCAAAAAUUUUAUAGUAAAAUGCUGGCCAAAAGACUUGUUGGUCACAUGUCAGCUUCAGAUGAUGCUGAAGCCAGUAUGAUCUCAAAACUUAAGCAAGCUUGUGGUUUUGAAUACACAUCCAAGCUGCAGAGAAUGUUCCAAGACAUUGGAGUCAGCAAAGAUCUCAAUGAGAAUUUUCGCAAACACCUUGAAUCUUCUAAAGAGCCCUCUGAUAUUGACUUCAGUAUCCAGGUGCUCAGUUCAGGGUCUUGGCCUUUCCAGCAGUCUUGUACAUUCACUUUACCUGUUGAGUUGGAAAGGAGCUAUCAGAGAUUUUCAGCUUUUUACAACAGUAGACACAGCGGUCGCAAGUUGAACUGGUUGUACCAGAUGUCAAAGGGUGAAGUUGUUACAAACUGCUUUAAAAAUAGAUACACCCUCCAGGCAUCGACAUUUCAAAUGGCAGUUCUGCUACAGUAUAACUCAGCUGAUACAUAUUCAGUUCAACAGCUGCAGGAGUCUACUCUCAUUAAAAUGGAUAUCUUGCUACAAGUGCUACAGAUACUUCUCAAGUCUAAGCUUCUUGUAGCAGAUGAAAAUGUUAGUGAAGCAGAUAUUAAACCCGAGACACCUCUGUCUCUUUUCCUGGGAUACAAGAAUAAAAAGCUUCGGGUCAAUAUUAAUGUACCCAUGAAAACUGAAGUAAAGGCAGAGCAGGAAUCUACUCACAAAAACAUUGAAGAAGACCGCAAGCUCUUAAUACAGGCAGCCAUAGUUAGAAUCAUGAAGAUGCGCAAAAGCCUGAAACAUCAGCAGUUAUUGAUAGAAGUCCUCAACCAGCUUUCAUCUCGUUUCAAGCCGCGAGUACCUGUUAUAAAGAAAUGCAUAGACAUUCUAAUAGAGAAAGAAUAUCUGGCAAGAGUGGAGGGACAGAAGGACACUUACAGUUACUUGGCAUGAUGACCGCUAACUUGGAUUAGUGUUUUUAUUUUCUGUUCUUCGUAGGGUCAUUGCUCACACAUUCAUUAUUUAUCAUUGACCCACGUCUUAACCGACUGGUAUCUAUCCAUCAGAUCAAACUGAGUUUUGUUUAAUUGUCAUAGCACAAUGGAAACUUGUUUAGUUUAGAUGAUAGUGUCUAUCAUCAAGCAAAACGAUGAAUACUUUCUGCUAGUUUUACAAAAUUUUGAUGAAGUUAUUUGCCACGCUACAGUUGUAUCCCUGAGUCGUCGUUGUUAUACAGAUGUGUAUGUGUGAGGUUUGUCUUACAACAUAUCUUGUUUGCAGUUAUCAGCUUAACUUUUCACAGGAAAAAAAUAUCUUAAUGCUAUAAACAUUUUAAUGCUACUUGGCAGUAGAAAUUUCUGAUUUGUACGGACAGUGAAGCUAAAAAAUACCUGUUUUGAUUUUAAUAGAAUUUUUUAACAGUUGUAUUUAUUUAAAAUACAAAUCAUUUGCUGUUUUGAUUAAGAACUACACAAAUAGUUUUUAAAAAAAGUUGCAGUUGUUCUUUUGUAAUGAAAUAACGUGAUACCAGCUAUUGUUUCCAGUGAACUUGUGUGUGACAUGCUUACGGGUACAACCAGAAAAUAGUGAUACUUUUGAUACAUUUUCUGUUGCCAUUCAAAGCUUGAUGGAUAAAUAUAACCCAUUCAGGAAUAUUGAUUGUUGUCUGAAAACUUAUCAAAUCUAUACUAGAAUGUAAACUGUCUGCAUGUCUACACCUGUUAGUUUUAUUGAAAGUGAGAGACUUGAUUUCAAUAACAGAGUAGACGUACCACCUGGUAAUUUCACAUGCCCUGCCCUGCAGUUGAAUGUUAAUAAAACAGCCUCAUACAGACUUGACAGUAAGGAACAAAGUAUUCAACGGUGCUUUAGUGAAACAGUUUAUGAAAUUCCGUUAGGUCAUACAUUACAGUGAGAUGUAUUUUAAAUAUUUUAUUUUGUUAUCCGUGCUUUGAGCUUUCAUUUUUUUUUUUUACUGUGUUGUUGAAAAAAAUGGACUAUAAAUUCAGUGAUUAUAUUUAUGAACUUACAUCUUAACUAAUUGGUAGGAAUAUCUAACUUUGUAUUACCUAAGUAUACAAAAGAAUUGCUUGAAUUCAGGUUUUAAGAUUCCAUAAUUUAUAAUUGUACAAAAAUUGUGCCAAUAAAGAAAUCUAUCUUACACAAUUUAGUUAGCAGAUCUAGGUCUUCUGUAGGCUUUUACUGGUUAAGGAGAAGAGUUAUCUGAUGUUAUCUGUAUGUGUUGUAUUUGAUGAGGUGAUAGUAUGCUCUAGUUCUUCUCUUGACAUGCCUGGUGUAUAGUAAAACAAAUGAUUGGUUUAUUCAAAUUUCCUUGCCUCUAGUACCAACAAAAGGUGAAUGUAAAUAAAUUUAUCUAGACUC